CGGAAGUGUAUUUCGUUGUUUCCGAUGGUGGAACACAGACAGUUAUGUGAAUAAACCGAAUAAGCCGCUGAACUGGACUAUCCGGUACCGUCCGGUACCAACAAAGACCCACAUACAUCGACUCAUUGACAGCUUCGCUGUGCACACCAACAGUAAUUUCCGACGCGUUCCUGCCCUUGGUUUGGAGUCCAGUGCAACAUUGUCUGUUGCCAACAGCACCAGAGGGACCCAUUUCAUAUUUGGACCUGCGUCGUCGUCUGCUCCUGCUGUUGCUGCUGCUGCUGCAGUGACUGCUCUUAGAUUGGCUCAGAUUGAGACUAGGGCGCAAAUUGCUCUCCAGCAGGUUGCCACUCUUGCAACCAUAACUAUUGGCAACCAGUGUCACAACAACGGAUUGUCAGUAGCAUUGCUUCCUCAUCUGGCUCUCCUGAACUUUCUCAGUAAACAUCAGGUAUAUGCUGUUGGGGCAAACAUAGACAUUAACAACAAAAUCUACAGAAAAAAUCAACAGAAUCCGUCUUCUGCCAUGUACCACCACCACAACAACCAGCAACAAGGGCCACCGCCCUUCUCUAAUGGGUCAAGACCUCCCCAUCAUCAGCCAUCUCAAAAUCCACAUGCAAGUCGUUCUCCCUCCAAUAUGUUGUCCAUGGGCUUCCAGUUUCCUCGUCCCACCCAGCUCCCCGCGGAGCUAGAGUCUGCCCUGGCUAUCCGGGGUGCUAGGGACAUGGACCACCGCCUCAUUGACCACACAAACCGACAGAACCAAGGCUCAGGUUCUGGUAUCAGCCAACAUGGAAGCUACGGCUCCAACCAAAUAACACCUACCCCUGAUAAUCAGCCUGACCAUCAGCAAGGAGUAGACUGGUCAAACUACCAACCUCCAUCUAAACUGUUUGCCAGUCCUCCACCUAGUAAUAGCCACCAGUCCCAGCGACACCAGGGGCCUCAACAGCAGCCACAGAGCAGCCAUGCUGGAACAAGCAUGCCAAACUGGACUACCACUGACUCUGCUUCAUCCACAGCGCGACAUCCCCAUGGUGGCAGGAGUGGUGGUGGUGGGGAUGGUCAGGCUUUGUACACGCCUGAGAGUGCAGGAAGCAUCUUGGCUAGCUUUGGACUUUCUAAUGAGGACUUGGAAGUGCUGAGUCACUACCCAGAUGAUCAGCUUACCCCAGAUACUUUACCAUUCAUACUCCGUGACAUCCAGAUCAACAAGUCAGGCACCCAGAAGACUGUGGCUCCCACAACCUCCUCUGCAUUCUCACGUGGGAUCCAUGAUCCGUCUGCUUCCAACUCUUCAAAAUUGGCGCGUUCACGCUCACCGGAAGUGCCCAGUCUGUUGACUGUUACACAGACAGCAGGUAAAGUCAUCGACUAUGGUCAUGCAAGUCGGGCAAAGGAGGAGAAUAAUACCAGAGAAACUUUUAAAAGAGAGCCGCUCUCCAGCGAAAGAACAGUUAAAAUGUUCCCAUCUUCAUCAGCCUCAUCGGCUCCAAAACUAGAAAAAACUGAAAAGCGACAGGUUCGUUUGGAACACAGUGAAUCAAGCAAGCACGGAGACCGGGACUAUCGCAGGGCGGAUAGCGACCAUCGCAAGAGCAAUCGAGCAUCAGGGGGAGGAUUUACACCAUCAUUCAAAUCUCGUAAUCUAAACCAAGACUACAGGCGUGAAGGACCCAAACCUAGGCCCUCACCUGAAACCAAGAACGAAGCUUCCUCGAGGCGGUCUCUCUCCUCUUCAUCUGGCUCCCAACCGCACAGCAGCAGCAGCAGCAAGAAGUUACCUACUCCCAUCAUGAUAAGUGAUUUCUCAGCUGUGUCUCCAAAGGUGUAUCCCCAUACCUGCUCCCUGUGCCACACUCAGUGUGAUCAGGAAAAGGUGAGUGCCAAAAAUGCCCUCGUAAUGAUUUCUGAAAGGAAAACCCUCAUAUUUGACGGGUUUUACCAUAUAAACACCGUCAACCACACUGCUGCCUACAGAGACCUGCCUCAACAAUUCUUCCACUUGAUGAAUGUUUUCUUUAAUCCAUUAGGGGCGGACGACAGGGCAGCUCUCCAUCCCACUCCGUGCCGAGGUCCCUCUCUGGUUCUCCUCCUGCUGGCAGACGCAGGCUCGGGCCCCAUAGGCCGCACACCAGGCCGUACUCGCCUCACCAGCCUCGACACCAACCCUACACAGUUUAGAGCACAGCUAUCGACCCGGCUCUCGCAGCCCCACUCGAUCACACCAAGUCCCCCUUUCUUCAGAGAGAACCGGCCUGAAAGGAGAGACAGGGUGGCAUCAGGGAGUUACGCUCGCUGUGGUGUGAAGCGUCCACAUGAUGACAUCAGCCGACAUCCGUCCUCCUUUAGGGGGUCAGGGCUUCAAGCAUGGGCCGCCACAUUCCUUGGGCAAACCUUUCAACAAAACGUUCAAGAGCGGACGCAGGCCUGGAACAAAGACGACCAAGACAACAAGUGCCAAGCCUCCUGGAGCUUGUGCCAAGCUUCCACCACCAGCCAAGAAAAGAAGAAAAUGGGUUUUGGGUGUCUGGUUUAUCUGACUGGCAUCCCAAAGGAUGCAUCUGAACAGGAAGUGACUGACCUGGUGGGGUCCUUCGGCAAGAUCAACAACGUGAUCCUCAUGCCAAGCUCUGAGGAAGAGAGCGAGAAGGACGAAGGGCAGAAGGCAUCUGUUUGCAUGAUGAGUGCUGAAGAUGCCCUGGCUCUGGCCAACUCCACACAUCUCUCCAUUAGAGACCAACAGAUCACUUCUUUAACAGCCAAGAAACCUGAAAUAGUAUGGCCUUCUGAAGCUAACAGCAUACCUGCUCCAGGACCGGACAGUGGUGCUGCUGGGCCAGACUAUGGAGCUGAUUCUGACAAGAAGACGUCUGAUGAGAAGGCCAUGGUGUUGAUCACAGGACUUCCUGAGAGCGGCUGGUCAGAGAACAGCAUCAAGCUGGUGCAGCCCUUUGGAACUCCCUCUGACAUCAUCCAGGCACACACAUCGGAAAGGUUGGACACAGUUUCAUCUGAAGCUGUUGCUGUUUCCCGGAGGGGAGACACACAACAGGAUAGCAGUAAAAGAAGCUAAAACACGUAUUCUAAGUACCUUGUUUUUGCAAGAUAGUCCACUUUCUGUUUUGGCUGCAAAGCUGUGUAAUAGAAAUGUCCAAAUAAAUGAUUUGUUUU